AUGGAAAGUGAGUUACAGACAAGAAAGGGACAUGUGGAAGACAGAGCGAGGGGGGUAGUGAAGAAGAAGAUGCAGGUGGGAGAGAGGGAGUGGGAGGCGGCGGAGAGGGAGAAGGAGAUUGGAGAGAAGGAAAGGCAAGUGGAAGAGAGUAAGGAGCAUGCAGAGGAGAGGAAAGAGCUAGAGGAGUUAAGUUCAAAGCUGAAAGAGGCGGAAUACAAGGCAGCUGAUGCAUUGGAUAUGUCUCUUCCGCUUGCCUUUCCCUCUCUUCAAAUCCGUCUCCCUCUCCCCCACCUCCCUCUCCCUCUCUUCCACCUGCAUCCUUUUCUCUACUACCCGCCUCACACUGUCUUUCACAUUACCUGCGUCACCCUAUCCCCCACCUGCCUCUUCCUAUCCACUGAUUGCCUCUCCCUAUCCCCUACCUGCCUCUCCCUAUCCCCUACCUGCCUCUCUAUAUCCACUAUUCACCUCUCCUUCUCCUCUCCCUCGCUCUUCACCUCUUGCCGCCGCUUCGGCUUGCUCUCUCACCAGCACUGCUGA